AGCAGUUAAUUAUUAGCCUGUUGGCUACCACAGCUACACACAGAAACAAACCACAGCAAAGCCUUCAUCUGAAGAAGCCAAUAAAGACUAUCGCCUGCCCGGUCGAUUGGUUUCAUCGGUGGGACCGACAUGUCAGAGACGUACGAUUUCCUGUUCAAGUUCCUGGUGAUUGGCAGCGCCGGGACUGGGAAAUCAUGCCUCCUUCACCAGUUCAUAGAGAACAAGUUCAAACAGGACUCCAAUCACACCAUCGGCGUUGAGUUCGGCUCCAGGGUUGUCAAUGUUGGUGGCAAAACAGUCAAACUGCAGAUCUGGGACACGGCUGGACAGGAGCGCUUUAGGUCAGUGACCCGCAGUUACUAUCGUGGAGCAGCAGGAGCUCUUCUCGUGUAUGACAUCACAAGUCGGGAGACCUACAAUGCUCUGACUAACUGGUUGACAGACGCAAGGACACUGGCCAGUCCCAACAUCGUCAUCAUCCUGUGCGGAAAUAAGAAGGAUCUGGACGCAGACCGUGAAGUCACUUUCCUAGAGGCAUCUCGCUUCGCCCAGGAAAAUGAGCUGAUGUUUUUAGAGACGAGUGCUUUGACUGGGGAGAAUGUCGAGGAAGCCUUUCUUAAAUGCGCUCGCAGCAUCCUCAACAAGAUUGAAUCAGGUGAGCUGGACCCAGAGCGGAUGGGUUCUGGGAUUCAGUAUGGCGACGCGUCCCUGCGGCAGAUCCGACAGCCCCGGGGCUCUGCUGCACAGACCAAGCAGCAGUGUAACUGUUAGGGCUCUGAAGACCCUUAAACCACACCGGAUGUCAGACCAGACACACACAACCUCCCCCUCUCAGCUCCGGGUGUCUCUGGGUUUGCACGACCUCCAUCCCAUCCCAAAAUGUGACCCUUCCACACCCAGACACAUCUGGAUCAUUUCUUACGAAGUCCAUACUCAAGUUUUGACCUCUGACCUCAGAAAGCUUUUCACCAAGGACAGAUCUCCUGACAGAACUGCAUUGCUGGGAGAGCACAGGUGAAUCUCCACCAGAAACCGAGAUUGUGUGUCGCGUGUGUACGAGUGCGUUUUUAACUUCUCCUGUGAUCUGUACACACGCAGUCAUCAGCCAUCAUCUAGACUAAACCAAUCAAUCAAAGCGGUAGAUCAAAUAUUUAUAAUCCUAAACUAGAUUUCACUGAACCGUUUUAUACAUCGAGACAUAUCAGAUCUUAGAGGGAUAAAAAUGAAAAGUAACUCAUUUAUUCAUCCUCAAAUGGUUCUAAAAGCUUUGAGAUUUUUUUUUGUUUGUUUUGUUUUUUUUUUUUUAUGUUGAACGCCAAGGAAGAUAUUUAAAAGAAUUUUGGAAACUGUUUAGUCAUUGAUAAAACAUAUUAUGGAAGUCAAUGGUUACCGGUUUUGCGUUUAAUCGACAAAAAAAAAAUCUCUAACAGUUUUAAAAAAGUGAAAGGUAGUAAGUUUUGACUGAUUUUUCAUUUUUUUUUUUAUUCACCCUCAAAUAAUUCCAAAGUUGUAUGACAGUCAUUUAUUUUUGUUCAACACAAAGAUAUUUGACAGAGUUUUGGAAAAUAUGUUUCACAAAAUCAAUCUGUAACAAGUUUCAAACAAGUGAAAGGUUUGUAAAUGAUGACGGAGUUUUCUUUUUUAGUCACACACAAAUAGUUCCAGAGCUGUAUGAGAUUUGUUUAUUUCUGUUAAACACAAACAAAGAUAUUUUAAAGAGUUUUAAAAGCUACGUUUAGUCAUUGACCUAAUAUUGAAAAAAGAAAAAUACUAUGGAAGUCAAUGGUUAACUGUUUCCAGCAUUUUUCAAAAUAUCUUAUUUUUGCGUUUAGCCGACAAAAUUAUCUCUAACAAGUUUUAAACAAGUGAAAAGUUAUUAAAUUGUAGCGGAGUUUUCACAUUUAGUCACUCUCAAAUGGUUCCAAAGUUGAAUGAGAUUAAUUUAUUUCUGUUGAACGCCAACAAAGAUAUUUGAAAGAGUUUUGGAAACUAUAUUUAAACAUUGAUAUAGCAUUGAAAAAAAUAUGAUGGAAGUCAUUGCUUUCUAGCAUUUCUACAUCUUCUACAUCACAUCUUCUUUUGCGUUUAAACAAAAAAAGAAUCUUUAACGGGUUUCAAACAAUCAAAAGGUUAAUAAAUGAUGACGGAAUUUUUAUUUUUAGUCACUUACCAAUGAUUCCAAAGUUGUUUUGUGAUUUGUUUAUUUCUGUUAAACACAAACAAAGAUUUUUGAAAAAGUUUUGGAUACUGUUUAUUCAUUGAUAUACUAUUGAAAAAUUUAAAAAUAUGGAAGUCAGGGGUUACCGGUUUACAACAUUUUUCAAAAUAUCUUCUUUUUGCUUUUAAUCAAAAGUUUCAAACAAGUGAAAGAUUAAUAAAUGAUGACAGAAUUUUCAUUUUUGGAUGAAUUAUCCCUUUAAAUUGAAUGUCCAUUUUGACAUCCUUAAAAAUGACAAUUGCCGAUAUGAUUGGUCCAUGCAGGCUAGUUUGUGUCUUUUUUUAAGCAUUUCAAGCCAAAUACUCAGUUUCAGUAGGAAAGUGAAGCUCUUUAAACUCCUUGUGUGUUCAGAUUUUUAUCAUGCUACAUUGGCCAUGCAUUUAAAAGCGCUUUUAGGAGCACAGGAGGUGAGAGGAGCAAGAAACAUCUGUUCAGAUCUUGUCAGUUGCUGUUAUCUGGAUGAUAUUAGAUGUUAAGCGCACAGCCCAAUCUCGAGGUUAUCAGCUAACUUUUAACCUCUUGCAUUCAUUUUACAAACCCUCACGCGCUAUUGCUGUAUAAUUUAUCGAGACGUAGAACUAAAAAUCAAUGUAAGUUCUGGUUUUGAUUUACAUUUUUGCACUUAUUUGGUAGGAGACCACUUGAAAAGUAAAUCCUAUUUUUGUUUAUUCUGUGACAUUUCUUACAAAUUAAAAAAUUCAAAUAAUAA